UCAUUCGUCGUCGUCAAGUUGAUGACCACUGUGUUUUGCGUGUUUGUGGUAUUUUCCAUCUGAAAAGGUGCAGAUUUUCUUGAAUCGUGGAAUUUUCGUUCGUAAGUUGCGGGACUAAAUCGAUAUCGAGUGUAGGAUGCGAUAAACUGAUAACUAUCGUGACAUUUGAAAAACUGGAGAGAAUUCUCGAGUGCCAGAAUCAAAAUUUGCAGAUAUUCGUGUUCUUCUUCCUCUUGUGCGCGAGGUAAAUUUAAAACUCUGGUCGUAUAGUGGAUGGAUAGAUGGAAUGAUGGCGAGUCAAACGAAGCGAGCGGGACAAGAGAAGGGAUCGCAGCGAGCGAACUGGUGGCUGAAGUUAAUGAGUUGUGCAAGCAGUCGAGGCAACAGCGAAUGAAAUCAGUGAAGAAAUCGAAAAUGGAAAAUAUAUAAAGCGAUGCAUAUUGUGUGAAAAAUACUGCUUAAAUUUGGGGCAGGUGUGUUUUAAAUUGGGGAAAAAAUGCUUAAUCUGUGCAGAUGAUAGGCUGUCGUACGGAAAAUUGUCGUGUUUUGGCGUAAAAAAAAUGGUAAAUUCCAUCUUUGUGAGCAUAUAAAAUAUUUUUAUCGCGGAGUGCAGUGCAAAAGUGAGUUGCAUGUGAUAGAAGGCCCUUGCUUUGUGGGAUAUAAAAAAGUCUUCGGAUGCUUCGAUUGGGGGAAACGAACAGCGAUAGUGUUAUAGAUGCUAUGAGUGGAAGUGGAUUUACAUUUGAAUGCAGCAGUACGAAGAUAUAAAAAUUUCUGAAGAAAUUUGAAAGGGAAUAAGGGAUGCAAUUAAUGAAGCACAUAAAGUGAAAUUUGUUAAAAUCUAUGUUCGGCAGAAAUAGGUGAAGAAACACCCCGUUUGCGUGGUGUUAUGAAAGUUCAGCACCCGGAGCUAAAUUCGAUUGCUGGCUGAAUAGCAUGCAGCCAUUGAUUCUUCGAUAAAAGUGCUCACGACGCAUCAACUUUUAAAUGGCAGCUCCGAAUGCUGAUGUCAUGCGUGGCGGUGGAUCUUCUGUCGCUGCCCCUGGCUCAGCAAUUCAGCAAAUCACACAUCAUCAGUUGCCAUCGAAUAUACCGUCUCAGCAGCACCACCCAAUUCCACCGAACCAUCACAUCCAGCAGUUGCAGAACCUAACGCAACAAACCGUAACAAUUGCAGCCGGGCAUCACCAUGUAUCGAACAACCAAAGUGCAAUUGUGCACCAUCACCAUCGAGUACAGCAACAACAACAACACCAUACCCAGCAGCUGGCCCAGCAACAGCCGGGGCAGCAUCCCUCCCAGAUGCAGCACAAGAUUGGCCAGUACAGUGGAAACAUUAGCAAUUUGAUGUUUCCUUCUUCCGAAAAUAUUUCCGGGUCGGUCGGCACCGACACGAAUCUCGCCGCAAGUGCCAGUGCAACUGAUAUGGGCGCUGCUGCUGCGGUUGUAAAUAUCGCUAGUGUGAAUCAUCACCCAUCGUUGAGUAGUAUUUCCGUGAAGGAGGGUGUAGCGAAUAGCAGCAGCAGCAGUAGCAGUAGUAACAAUCCCGUCUUAAACAGGAUACCUUCAAACGUUGGCGGUAACAUUCCAGUGGAAAAUGUACAACUUAUGCAGCAGCCCGCCAGUGAGACUGUGUCGCCAAAAGCUGUUGGCAGUGCAGUGACGCGGAGCAAUGUUGCGCCCGGUUGGCGAAGGAUAAAGUACAAUUGCGAGAUUAUCUACAUAAGUCCCUCCGGUGCGCCGCUUCGGAAUUUCAAUCAAGUCAAGGAGUAUCUGCUGAGCGGCGGCACAUGCAAAUGCGGUCUUCCUUGUCCCUUUCGUCCCGAAGCAUUCUUCGAGUUUGAUUCUCAGGUUCCUAAUGCAACACUGGAUGCUAUUGGCAGUAUACCUCACAAUUUCUGCUUACAUCACACACGAUACCUGGAAAAGGUAGAACUUGUGCGACGGGGGAAGAAGCCUUUGGAUUCCGAAAGCAUUCAGAAUGUUGUUAAGUCCGGUGAUCACCAUACAACACUUCCAUCCACUAAAUCCCCUUCUUGUACGCCCACCAAUGACGUACGGCUUCCCAUUCCCACUAGCAUUAGUUCAACCCAAGCAACACCAGCAGGCCAAAAUUCGCUUUUUCAGACCGAGAAGGACAUCACCAGUAUUCCACUAUCUAAAACGCCUCCGUGGCGAAAGAAUGCGUCAUCCACGUCCUCCGGGUCAAACUCUGUUGUUAGUCAACGGCAAAUGCCCCCCUCCCCUAGCGCACUAAAGAGCCCCGUACAAAUCCUAAAUCAAAACGAGCAAAUAGUCAAAAGCAGUAGAACAAUUGGUGAAUCACCUGGUUCACCUGGUUGGGCGAGCGAAGGCCUACGAGUGCCAUUAGAGGACGUAAAAGUGAGAGCUUUAAGUAAGAAGCGGCCCAAUUUUAAAGAUGAUCCAACGGGGUAUCUUAACCAGCAAACGGCCAUCCUUCAUAGUUCUAUAUCAACGUUGCACAGCCCGGAUGGAUCAUCUUCAUCUCAGGAAAGUCCCCAGCCCAAAACGGUAGCAGCCAGCUACGACAGUGGAGAUGUAAAGGAAUCGCAGGAGAGAGCAGAUAGAGGCAUUGUUAGCAGCAACACGACCACCAUAGGCGGUCAAACUGUGUCCCAUGUUGCAAACGGCAUGGUACAGGUGCAGCAGAACUGUGAUAUUAGUCAUAUGAAAUUUCAACAGCAAAUUCAAUUCCAACAGCAGUUGCAAAGACAGAGUCAACUCAUCCGGCAGCACCAUGAGCAGAUUCAAUUACUGCAACAUCAGCAGCAGCAGCAACAACAGCAUCAAGUCGUAGAUGACGAUGCGUCCAAAUCGAGGUCUCCAGUUGUUUCGGGUAGCGGUACGUUCAUAACGAGUCGAACUCCCGACAUCACUUCCACUUCGUCGAUCACUCCUGACCCGAAGGAACCCGUACAAGGCGGAACAGUAUCCACUAGUAUUCGUAGCCCAAUGUUCCAAUCCAGCACUGCUGGUGGUGUCAGCCGAUCAGAAUCUCCCGACCAGCAGUAUGGAAGUCGGAAUCUCAUACAAGCCAGCAGCAAUGUCGUCGGAAUCAAUGUGACCAAAAAUCAAGGAUUCAUCACGUCUCGAGGUAAUGCCACACCGGCGAUGCACUGUAGUGGGAAACCAGCUACUCUCACAUCAAUCGGUUCUUCGCAUAAGGUGUCGAAAGGUGCGUCGCGCGAUGUAGAUUGUGAGAAGGUGUUAAUCCAAAGCAAUAUGCUUCAAAAUUCGCCCGGGGUUGUACGUGGUUUAACUCACCAACAGAAUCCACCAGGUCAGCUUAUUUCUCAGCCACAACAAGUACUCAUGACUUCCAGUGGGCAAAUCAUUGUCAUGUCAGCUCAGCCUAAUAAAAAUGCUGGUCAAGUUGUUGUUAAUAACAAUGCUGGCGCAAAUGCAUCUUCAAACAUUAUUAAUCCACAAACAUCUAUAGCUGGAAGUAAUAGUACUCAGUAUAUGAAUAUUACUGGUCCCGGGGGCACUAUCACUACUUUGGCAACGAGUAACAGUGGAAUGAUGCAAAACAUAGCUCAGCAACAGCAACAACAGAACAUUCAUGCUGGCCAACCUAAUGCAAGUUCAAACUUUUUGAUCAACUCCCCAAAUAACAUGCAAUCGACUGUGAUAUUGAAUAAUGGAAACGUGAUUCAACAGACGGCAGGUCAACAAAUCCUGUCUGCAACAAACAAUUCGCAAAUAAUUCAUUCCGGAAAUGUGCUUACCAACAAAGUAAUAACUAAUCCUGGAAAUGGAGGGAUCAUUACGAAUCAACUAAUCAACUCUAACAGCAAUCCUUCAGCUAGUAUGCAGGGCAAUUCCAGUGGUGUCCUAACGCAGCAGUCUGGGACAACGAUGGUGUUGAACAGUCUGCCUCCGAAUAGUAUUGUUAUUCAGCCAAACUACAGCGCUGUGGCUGACGGAGGUCAAAUAGUUAAUCAAGUAGUUAAUCAGGAUGGCAGUACCACUUCAUUCGUUCAGCAUCACAACCAACAGCGACAAAUUUUGAUAUCGCCGGAUUCCAAAAGAAAGGCCAAAAAGCGGAAAAGUGUUGGAUCGGGAAAUGCAACAGCUAUCUCGCCGGGUAGCAGUUCCCAGCAGCCGCAAACAGUUCAAAUAACCGCAACUCACCCACCGCAUCCACAACCUGCACCGGUCCAACAACAAACCAUUCAAUCAGUCAAUCAAGCUGGCACAAUGCUGCAGCUUGCGCCUCAGUAUUCCACCCAGAGUUUUCAAUUGAGCCCUGGAUUGUCGGGACUCACAAUUGUCCCGAACCAAAAACCGCAACAACAUCAACAACAGCAGCAAAUUCUACUGCAAAAUGGUCAAAUAAUUACCCAACCGUACAAUAUUAUUAGUCAACAAGUAUUGUUACCUGCUGGAUUGGUAAUGGCACCGGAUGCCACCACGCUUGUUCAAAUUCAAAAUGUCGCUACUCCAUGUGGAAGUAUCAUCACCACCCCGCAGGGCAUGGUCAUACGAGCACAAAGUCCUCACCAACAAAAAAGUUUUAUUUCCCCGAACACCGGUCAACAGUUCAUUUUGAACAACAAUGGUCAAGUUAGUCCGAUGGGUACUCAAAUCUACGGCGGACCGGUUAACAUCGUCGUUCCACAGCAGCAGGCUGGCCCUGCUGCUGCAUCUUCGUUUGUUCACCAGAAUGCUACCAUUCUUCAACAGCAACCCACCAUUAUACACCAACCCGUUCAAGUGCAAGCAGCCGCCAAUCUGAACACCAGCACUGAUAGCAGCAGCACGGCAAGCGAAAGCCCUUCACUGCCCACAACUCCUCAACCGCCACCAAUCGUGCAGCAGCAUCAGCCACAGAGAAGUCACUCCUCGUACCUGUCGGGGGCGGCAUCACCGCCGGAUACCACGACGCACAGUCCGAACAGUCCGGAUUGCGCGUCGAGUGAGAAGAGUGCUGGCAGUGCGGACAGUAUGAAUACGGCUAUGGUGCAAUGUGUUUCCAGUUCCGAGCCAGAUCUUGUGUCACCAAUGGUUACAGAAGGCGCCCAAUCGCCGUCCGAUUCGACGGACUAUUAUGAUCACGCAGGUGGCAAUUCAUAUCAGCGUUCCGUGUGCAAAUCAUCCGAAUCGAAAGUCCGACGCAUGCAAAUGUCGCCAGCCCAACCCCACCAGACAUCCUCUUUUGUUCGCAACAGUAGUGCCAUCAGUGAAAGCGGUAGUAGCAGCUCCAGCACUAGCAACCAUUCGCCACAUCCCCAUCAGACACAGAUUGCGUCAACGUUACAGAAUCAGUCCCACCACCACCACCAAAGCUACAGUUCGGCCACUAUGCUACGACAAACCAGCUCACCGAUCACCAGUAUUCAGCCAGACUCUCACGACUCUUCAAAGCAAGUUUCGGUGCAAGAAAAUACCCCAUCAAGCCCGAACCAAAGUGCGGUAAUUUCCCCCGGUGCCGCCACUAGUAGCAGCAGCUCCUCAAAUGUGGUUCCGGCGCGUACGUUCAACGUUGGCGAUCUGGUUUGGGGACCGGUUCGUGGUUUUCCGGCUUGGCCGGGUAAAGUGACAGAACCGCCCGAAGAGGACUGUACCGUUCCCGCCGCGGAUUGUGUUUGGGUGCAUUGGUUCGGUGGCCGCGCCGAAUGGGUUGCCGUAAGCCGGCUGAAAACCCUAUCCGAGGGUCUCGAAGCUCACCACCGAGCACAGAAGGAAGUCAGAAAGGGACGAAAAUUGAACGCACAACUAGAACGUGCAAUCCAGGAAGCUAUGAUGGAGUUGGACAGAGCCUCCGGAACUCCAUCCCCUACAUCUUACGGAGCUAGUUCAGGAAAUACGGCGGUAAUGGCCUCCAAGUCCAUCACGAUUAAGGCAUCGCCCACGAGUAGUACCACGAUUGUGCCGAGUCCGAACAGCAGUGCCAUGCUAUCACCUACCGGACCAGGCGGUCGGGUUACAAAAAUAGGACGUGGGGCAAAAUCGAAGCUUGUCAAAAUAGCACCGGCGCCACCUAGCCAUGUAGUGGUCGAUUCCAGUUCAACGUCAUCCGGUAUGAGCAGCACCGGUUCAGCGGCAGCGGUUGGCAUCAUCAGUCGAAUUAAGAUGAAGUAAGGCACAAACAUUAACUGGCAGUUGGAGAUCACGAUAGCUUCCUUUGGCAAAGGGGUUCACUACCUCCUUCACUGGCAACCCUGCUGCAAAGCCCGCCACGGUUUUAUGGGACGGAAGACAGCCUAGCCAUUAGCCCACUCGCCGUUUCGAGUCGGUGUCAUCCGGCCCUACUAAGAGAGUAGAAUGUCAGGCUGCCAGCCCUCGCCUCGUAAUAUUACAUUGUACCAUACUCAUAUCAUUAACGUGCCUUCAGAACCAUAAUUGAGACCUUACUGACGUGAGCCUCAAUGCGCUCCCGCGCUCCCUCGUUUGUAACUCAUUUAGCCGACUGGUUAUGUCGACUAGUGUUGACAGACCAUCGUUUCCAGUGGGUACCGCGCGGAGGCGAACUACACUACACAAGUCCAAUCCAUCGCUGAUGUUCCUAAUCGAUGAACUGCUGAUGAUGCUCAACUCCCCGGCUGUUGCUGUGUCACCCAUAUUGCGACGCACCAUCGUUGGAAUGCGGCGCAGUCCGGUUGGCGACAUCGUUAACUCGCGUUCUGCUAGUAGCGCUGCUCCUGUUAGCGCCACCUUGUGCAGUUGGGAACCAAAAACGUAUGCGACUCCCAAUUGCGCGGUAGAAUCACUAGCCGGGGACUUCGUUUGUUGGGUUGUGGCACGUUCCAUACGAUAUCACGGGUGAUCUUCAGAAUAUCCUUUUCCGCUGAUGUUAAACCAGCAAUCCUUUGUUUGCUCUGAACGCCAAAUCAGAGCUGGGCUACUAAGUAAUAACUCGCGCACUUGUUGCUAACUAACACUUUUAGACUUCUCGAGUUAUCUAAAAAAAAAUUGGAAUUAUUAAAUGGCAUGUUUUAAGUACAAUAUGAACAUUAAACACUUAACGUGUUAUAUAUAUAUAUUUCUUUUUUUUGUUCCAUUUAAUAGGGUGACCACAAAUGUCAUCAAAGAGGAACAGUGAAUUAAAAGAAUAAAUAUUAAUAAAACUUGUGGAUGAUUAACGUUGUCUUCGAUUGGAAAUUGGAAAAUUCAUUCGCGAUUCCAGAUAAAAUCCAAGCAUCGUUAUCGAUUUUGCAAUGAAAUUUGCGCAAAAAAUCUCGUCCAAGAUUUCCAUCAGUGGCUAUGAGGAAUUCCUGACCAACACUAUGAAAUGUAUGAAUGAUUUCACUAGUUAAGUUAAGUUGAAUUUGCGUAAUUGUACUACCGAAUUUAUCUACUUUAUGACUGUUAAUACCUGAAACUGAACAUUUUUUGUCUGUAUUAACUUAUUUAUUUAUUUAUUGAUUUAUUUCGUCAAGCAUUGUAGACUACAAACACAUUGUUUCACUUAAACACUAUCUGUUUUAGUCACUAGACAACUAUUAUGCUAUACUAUUCAUUGUUUUCCUCACUAGCGUGUUAGACAUUGAUAUAUCGAUGACCUCACAAUAUUUAUUAUAUAUGUUCAUCAUAGAGUUGAGCGGUCCAUUUUUAGCAUAGGAUGUGCGUUGCAGAUUUAGUUGAAAUAAGUCACGAUUUCUCAAGGUACGCGUAGGUGCAUAAAAGUUCAAGCCUGACAGAAGGCUUUCUGCUUUUAUCUGAUGUGAGAUUAAACCAUUAACGAAUGUUACACAACCAACUUCUCUUCUUUUCUUAAGUGUUUCGAUAUUAAUUAGUAGGCACCGAGAUUCAUAUGACGGAAGCGGUAGGGUUGACCAACCUAACUUUCUAAGAGCAAAAAGCAAAAACUGUUUUUGUACUGAUUCGAUUCGAUUUGAGUGGACUUCUUGAUAGGGUGACCAGACAAUGCUACAGUAUUCUAAUAUUGAUCUGACGUAGGACACAUAGAGUGUUUUUAUCGUGUAAGGGUCAUUGAAAUGAUAACUGAAACGUUUAAUGAAUCCAAGCAUGUUAUGUGCUUUAUGAAUAAUGACGUUAUAAUGUUCUACAAAGGUCAACUUGGAGUCUAAUAAUAACCCUAAGUCUCUCACUUUUGUGCAUCGUAUAAUUCGUUCCUGGCCUAGCUUACAGGUAAUGUUUUGUAAUAUCUGCUUUCUAGUAAAUGAAAUUAUGCUACAUUUUUUCAAGUUUAUAUCGAGAAGGUUUUUUGAGCACCAGUUAUAAAAAUCGUCAAUUUCUUGUUGAAAUACGGCUAUGUCAGCAUCAUCACAAAUUUCCAUGUACAAUUUCAUGUCAUCGGCAUAAAUAAGGACCUUAAGGCGUUUUAAUAUGAGUGUUAUAUCAUUAACAAAAAGAAUGAACAAUAAUGGACCUAAGUGUGAUCCUUGCGGUACACCAGAAGUAACUUUAAUUGGCGAAGACAAUUUAUUAUGGAAGCGCACUAACUGUGUUCUAUCUCUAAGAUAUGAUUCAAUCCAUCUAACCAAAUAUUCCGAAAAACCUAAUCGCUGAAGCUUAAAGAGUAAUAAAGAGAUGUCAACUCUAUCGAAAGCCUUACUGAAAUCCGUGUACAAAGUUUCAACAGAGUUACCUCUAUCCAUUGCAGCAAGUGAAAAUGUCACGAAGUCUAAGAGAUUAGUGGCAGUGGAUCUGCCUUUAAAGAAACCAUGUUGGCGAUUUGUGAUCAAGUGCUUAACCUGUUCAAAGAGUUUCAUGUUCACAAUAGAUUCAAACAAUUUCGGUAUACAUGAUAUAAUUGCAAUGCCCCGAUAAUUUUGUACGUCUGAGCGUUUGCCUGAUUUGAAAAUUGGAAGAAGAUAAGAUUUUUUCCAUAAAUGUGGGAAUACUCCAUGAGCUAAUGAUUUAUUAAAAAGCCAAAAUAAUGGUUUUACAAAUGAAGUAGCUAAUUGUUUUAGUAAUAAAGGGGGAAUUCCAUCGGGUCCAGGACCCUUGGACGCAUCUAAUCUGUUACAAUUUCAUGUACAGUAAUACCGGAUAUUGAAAUAUCAUUUGUCUGAUCAGGUAAAUAAUGAAAAUAAUCACGAUCAUAAACAGCACCAAGAGGUUUGUAAGUGCUUUGGAAAAAAAUCGCGAAAUAAUUGCAAAUUUCCUGGCUAUCAUGGCUAACCAAUUCUUUAAAUUUCAUGCAUGAUGGAAAAGUAUCCGAUUUCUUUUUCUCUUUGACAAAGUUAAAGAAGGUUUUAGGAUCCUUUUUUAUAUUAUUUUCUAAAAUCCUAUUAUAAUUUUCGUAUGCUUCUGAUAUUUGAUCGUCAAGCUCCCUGCAUAUUUCAAUAUAUUGUUUCAGAUUAUCAGAAGUUCGAUUUUUCCUAUAUGUUUUAUGCAUUUUUGUUUACGAUUUCUUAGAUUUCUUAUCUCACGAGUGAACCAGACCGGAUUCUUAGAAUUGUUGAAAACUUUUUUGCGUUUCUUAGGUACUAGCUCAUCUACUAACGCAAACAGUGUUUGAUUAAAAAAAUGUAGACUGCUGUUUAUAUCUAAGUUACUAUUGAGUAUUGUUUUCCACUCAACUGCGUCAAGUUCAUUUCUCAUUUUAUCAAAGUCACAAUUGUUGAAGUCAUUCACCAUUUCAAAUGCACAUUUAUUCGGGCGAGUGCUGGCAGAAUUUAUUAUUAAUGAGUAUUCAAUUGCUGUGUGGUAUUGUUCGUUUUUCCACAAAAGAUGCUGGGCCUUAUCAACAUUGAAAUCUUCCGUACAGUUAGUGAAGAGAAGAUCUAAAUGGACAUUACGGUCGUUACUGACAUGAUUCACUUGAUUUAAUCCCAACUGACUAGAUUUAUCAAAAAGUGACUGUAAAGUUUCAUUUUCACCAAUGAUAGGAAGUAGCAAAGACAUAUUAUCUUCAUCUGCAAUAAAUUCAAUUGAGUUUUGAUUAAAGUCACCGUAUAUGUGAAUUCUAUUUUCUGAAUCCAUGUCACUCAUAACUUGUUCUGCUGUAUUGAAAAACUUUUCAUAAGAUUGUUUCUUUGCAAAUGAGGGAGGAAAAUAAACUGACACAAAUAUAUGUGUCUCAUGGCCAAUCAAAACCUUUACCCAAACGUCGUCAAACUCUUUAAAUUUUUCCGUUUCAAUUAAGUCGGAAUCAAAUGCGGUAUUUACAGCAAUUAGUACACCACCACCCGAUUUUUUAUCAGUUAAAAUUAGGUCUCGAUCACAUCUAAAAACAUUGUAUUUAUUACCGAACACUUCCUCAUUUUUUAUACUUUCUGUCCAACUAGUUUCAGUACCAAUUAUAAUAUUGUAAGCGCAUGUACAUACUUUAUUGUGAAUUUCAUUAAUUUUGCCAGCACCUCGCAUGCGGUUAAAAUUUUGACAGUAUAUUAAAAUUUCAUUAGGGACUUCGUGAUCAUUUUUACUUGCUACCACAGUCAUGUAAGUGAUUCUGUCAUCGUUACUUAUGCUAUGAAUAUUACAUUUAAUACAUGUAGAUUCAAUACCUUCCUCUAAGGAGUUCGUCAAUUCUGGCAAAAACACUGGCAAGCACAGGUCCCAACCAAGCGCAUUGGUGAUUGAUUAGGAGUAUUGGAUGUCGUUGGACGGUCAGAAGCAGGAUACGGGUUCAGAAUUUCUCCUUUCUGGAAUGCAAUUGGUCGAUACAGUGUUGGAGGCGGACGCGAAAAACGUUCCUUAGCAGCUGAAAGUAACUCUCUGUCCAUCGGUAGGUUAAAAUAAUGGUUAUCGUCAUCACGAAGGGCGAAGUGGCUUCGUUGAGUUGUCAUUUUAUUAUUACUGGUUCUAAUAAAAUGAGGCACUCUGAUGUGUGGACUUGGUGUCGUAAAUUUAUUAGUUUUAUUACGAUCAUUACCAUCAUUCUUAAAUUGCUCAGCAUAACGUCGUUGACACCUCUUUUUCUUUGCCUUAGCUUUCUCAGAUAAUCGUUGCUGGUUCCGUGGACGACGCUUACGUGCAUCGUAAUCAGUCCAAUCGGCUUUCCAUAUUUUCAUAGAACCAAGAAGCCGCCAACCCGAGCUAGUUUGGAGCGAUUCUGAUUCAGCUUCCGUUUCAGCUAGUUCUUGCAACAAGUUUGGUGGUGAUUCUUUAGGAAUAAGGCGAGCAGUGCCAAUGUUGGCCUCCAAUGUGUUCACUACAGUCGCCAAAGAUUUUAUUUCAUUUAAGAUAUCACCUCCAACAGAAGAGGCCAGUGAUUGUAACUCAGUCAAAGCAUGUGAUACUAUUUGUGGCUGACUUGAGUUAUGUUCAUUGCAAUGAGCAGCCAUAUCCAUAGUCAGACUGCUCAGCGUUUGAAAUUCACUACAAUUUUUUUUUGAAUUCUUCUGUCAAAUCUUUUGUCAGAUCCUCCACGAAAUCAUUUAUAUGCUGUUUAGUGGAGUUCAUAGAAAUGUUCAGCAGUCCCGUUAAAUGAUUUUUUAUUGCAGACAGCUCAUCAGCUGACCUAUCUGUUUUACUUGUUGUCGGGCUGUUUUCAAUUAAACGUGAUAAUGAUGAAACAGCAUUUGAUAAGUUGGACGAAGUUGUUUUAUUUAUACACGCAGUCGUUUCUUUGAGCUGCAACUCAAUAUUGUCAAACAAUUCGCCAACUGCACUUAAUUUCUUCAGGUCGGAAGCCACUCGAAGAUUAGCAUCCGUUUGUUCUUUUAUUGUGUCAAUUAACUGCUGCUGCUGGUGGAGUACCUUGCGGGUGUCUAUUCCUCACUAUUUGGUUUGCUGAUACUUUUUCUAGUUUCAAUAUAGAUUUCUAUGCUCCAGUGUACCCUUAACGUUAGGGAUUUUCAUUGGAAAUCAGAUCAAAUUCAAUAGACGAAAAUACUUCUUUGUCACUUGUCUUUACUGCACCACAGAAUUUUCUUCGGCGUACCGGCGCUUCGCUCGAAACGCUUUCCGCUGUCACCAGUUUGUACCCUUAACGUUAGGGAUUUUUCUUCAGAAAUAAAAAUUCACGAUCACUUUCUUCUCGAUUUGCUACUUUGUUCAACUCAACUCUUUAUUGCAUCUUUAGCCUUAUUUAUAACUUACAUGCUAGCCCUACCUACCGUUAUACUAUACGCACAACAUGCGCGUUGUUGUACUAACUAAGCCAAUGUCACGCGACAAAAAAAAAACAAAAGCUUCUCCUAUAAUAAAGCUCGACAAAGCUCAACGCUUUGUCACGUUUUAUUAUAUGUCUAUGUUUUAUUAUGUCUGUGUCGCGCUUCUUUUGUGUCUAUGAUGAAUUGUACAAAUAACUUUGGGUCUUUGGGUCUUUGGGUAAUUUUACUAAUAAAUUUGGGUCUUUGAGUCUUUUUUCAAAUAAAUUUGAGUCUUUGGGUCUUUUGGGUAAUUUUACAAAAAAAAUUAGGGUCUCUGCACCAGUAUAAAUUAAUAAUAAAUGCGUUCAAUCAGGUAGUUCUCAUUUUAUGGAAACAAAAUUUGAACAACUCGAUUCGAUAUUGUCUCAUAUUGUCUUUACUGUCUCAGGUAUGAAAUUGACACCUGGGGUACAUUGUUUGGAAUAUGUUACUGGUUUUGAACUUGGACUGCUCCCACAACUCCACCUUGUUUCCCAAUUCCUCGUAGAACCCCCUAUCUCGUGGAAAAUAAUUUGGUUGCGGACCAUUAUUGUAAUUGACUCGGUUCUGGGGGUAUGCGGCAUUUUAACGUUGAUAUUGAUGUCCACGUACACCUCUGUUAUUAAAACUAUGGCCCAUGGUUCUACGAAUUUUAGAAUUUUGAAAAUAGAAUUUGAUUUCUUCCACACUUCAAUAGUGUAGCCGUUAGUAUUGGAUUUAUAUUUAUUUUUAAUUCCUGAAAGAAGGAGUUUCGCUUGUUCGAAUGUAGCGUUACGAAUACGCGGCGAUUUACGCAAAUUGGUGCACCCAGUUUUUUUUACGCGGUUUGGUUUUAGUCAUUUAAAACCUUCCGCGUCAAUAAAACAAUGAGUCAUCCCCACAAAAAAACACUAAAAAUCAAAUGAAAUUCAGGGGGUAUUUAAAAAGCUGUGAAAGUUCAGGUUAACCGAGAAAUUAGUGAAUUCCAAACGCGUAAAAAAAACCUGGGUGUAUUGUCAUUCAAAAAUUUAAAAAUGGAAUCAAGCUCCAUUAAUUCUGAUAUCUCUACACGGUUAAGUUUACUACAUGAAGAAAAUUUAAAUGCUUACAAAUUUAAAUGCUACUGCUUACAAAAUUUAAAUCUGUUUAUUUCACUAGUGGAAGAAACUGGCUAGCAACUCCUAUUGUUUAUAAAAGAUUAAAUUGAAACCAUUGAAAAAUUAAAAAAAAAAACACUCACUUAUUAAUACUUCUAGGAUGUAGGUCUUGUUGUCCUUGAUUUCGUCCAUCGAUUUGAGGAUCUGGGAAUCUGCUUCCUAUAUAGUAUCGAUGUAUACACUGUCUUCCUAUAUGACCCUUUUAGCGUAAUUGUCGUUUUGGUCACUCCAACUGUUUAGUCCAUCUUGCUGCGUUUGUGUGUCACUUACUUUGCACGCACUGUAUUUCUUCUGACGGUUUUUUUUUUGUUCAAGUAUUUUAACGUUUUACACUGGAGAGUUAUUAAGUCUUGCCACUCUCUCCGCUACCCUUUCGGUGUGGCCUCUAUGUGCCUUAGUUAAUACAUAUCUCACUGCCAAUAUUGCUGGGACACAUAGCGCGAUUGUCUGUUUUGGGCAUGCCGAAAUAUUAGUGACGAAUUCGUCACUUGAAAACCAACCCAUUGUAAUUUGAAAUGAACACUUCCAAAUAAAUUUUAGGAAAUUAUCAUUUAGUUAGCACUUUAGAAAAUUGUAUCGUCCUAUGCAGUGAGCAUUUCUAGCACUUUGCGUAUCUGCACUAUUUUACUCCGCGAACUAAUUGUCACGGUCGCCAUGUGGAUGAUUAACGUUUGUGGUUUGAUUAUGCGGGAAGUUCGGACGAAUUGAACGCGCACACUUGGCGGUUGGUUUUAGAUUGUUUUUCAUUAAUACCGUUCGUGAGAAUGCGAAGCGUUACUUUGUGUGGUCAGCUUCGUGGGUGACCUGAUUAACUUUUGCUUACGCAUGUUUAUAUUCACGGCGGAUGUUUACACCGAUGAAUUAAACAUUGCAGCACUUUUAGUUAUGAAAGGUACAAUGUUGCGAGACUAACAUUGACGAUUGGAAGUAUUUAUACUACAAACUCGUCGGAUUUGUUAAAGUGUUUUGGAUAAUUAAUUUAAUUUUGUUUCAAAAUGUAUCGGCCUAAUUUACUAUGAAUCACAUUAAUGUCGUCAUUACUUAAAAAAAAAAAACGAUUUGGUUUCCUAAUCUCAUAUCUAUUACUUAUUUACUAUAGUCAAUCUCGCGUUGAUCAUUUUCAAACGCAAUAUGCUCAUUAUUUUUGUUAUUGAAAAACCCGUGGCUUUCUGGUAGAAAAACCAACCUAACAUUAUUUUAUGAAUUAAACAUAUCCACCAUCCACCAUUUGAUAUCCGUGAAAUGAGUAAAUCAAGAAUAAGGGAGUGUAAAACUAUUACUCACGUGAUAAGCAUCAUCAGUUAUAUUGUUAUACUUUUUAACUAAUGCAAUUGAACACAUGGAGGAAAACGCAUUUUAGCGAACAAUAACUUAACGGGGGCUUUUUAGUGAAAGCUAAACAGCAGCGGUCACAUCAAACAAUAAGUAAAUCUAUAAUCAAAACUUCACACAUACGCUAUCACUCGAAUACACCGGAAAUAGUGAGAUUCAGACAAAACCCAACACGGACAAUAAACCAGAGAACAGAGAUGCAUCUCUUAAUUGUAAUCCACGAACAGGAAACACAUUUUUUUUAUCAAUGCAACACUGACAGUACUCAUCCAUUUUAUUACAGUAUAUAUCUGUAUGAAUCGUAUUGAUGUUUUAGAAAACAAAAAAAAAACAAGUACUAAGAUAAUGUAAUCAAUAAAUCAAACGAUAAAGGCGAGCGAAGGACUGCUAGGUAAAGUUUUCUGAAUGGAAAGGUGACGAAAUUUGGUAUUCAAUCAGAAUUUCUCAAUUGAUUAUGAUAAAAAUCAACACGAAUAUGUUAAACAAUUUUUUGUUCUGCACUGGCUAACUGCAAUUACUUCAAAUCAAACUCUCCAUACAGAAUUAUCGGCUCGUGUACCUCCAUCAAGCGGCAUGAUUUAACUAAAACGGAGCUACAACUUUAGUUUAACAUCUAAAAAAUAAACAUUUUCAGUAGAUAUUAUCGUGAUGACAGGUGGAAUGCGAAACGUCGUUUAGAGAUUAAGUGUUGCGCGUAUUUGUUCAAAAGCACUGGUUUGAGCUACUUAGUAAUUGAAGGGUAUCAGAAAUUAAUGAUAUGUUAUACUAAAUUAUUAAAAAAAAAUACCUAUACGCUCUUCGAAAAAAA